GCUCCGACAAAAGGCGCGGGGCAGGUGGCAGACGGGCCGGAGGCGAGCGCGUGGCAGCGGCAGCGGCAGCGGCAGUGGCAGGGCUGCUGCGCCGGUCAGGCAGGAGGAGGAAUGCAGAUUAUAAAAUGCCGCGAUGAAGACAGCGCUACCGAUGACACAUCAGACGAAAGCCAUCGCUUCUCUCGUGGCCUCAAGGUUUAGAGUGCCGGGCUGCGGUGAAAGGAGGCGCUGGCGCAUUGACUGGUCUAGCCCACGACUCUUAACUGUGUAUGUCUACAUGAGCAGCGCAGUUUACACGCGCUGGCAUCGAACCUGCGCCAGUGCUUUUGUCGUUGCUUCCUCUUGGAGAUCAAGAUAUGUCCCCAUCCAUUCCUGUCUGCUGUCGCUACUUGUGCUUUCGGUUUCUGUUCUGCUGUGACGGCCUCCAGGCCUCCACGACUUCGUGCUCGCUUGCUUUCUCUGUUUCGCAUUUGCAUAGCAUUGUUGAUAACAGAGGCACGGAUGGAUGUGCAGCUCCUCAUCAUGUUGAUUCGCACGGUUGGCCGGCUGGUGGUUGCAUGCGUGCAGGCGGUUAGCGGUUGUAAGGCUAUUUACAGGGAGAAAGGGCCGGGCACAAGAGUGAGGCUCGGUCACAACGUGUGCGAAGGACCCGCCUGAGGCGGUGGCAUGGACAGCCUUGGCAAGGGCCCGCUUGAGCCGGCAUUCUCGGGUGCAGGGCGGCGGCGCGCGCGCGCGCGUGUGUGUGUGUGUGUGUGUGUGUGUGUGUGUGUGUGUAGGUGCGUGUGUGUGUGUGUGUGUACAUGUGUGUGUGUGUACGUGUGUGUGUGUGUGUGUGCGUGUGUGUGUGUGUGUGUGUGUGCGUGUGUGUGUGUGUGUGUGCGCGCGUGUGUGUGUGUGUGUGUGUGUGUGCGCGCGUGUGUGUGUGUGUGUGUGCGUGUGUGUGUGUGUGUGUGUGUGUGUGUGUGUGUGUGUGUGUGUGUGUGUGUGACGUGAUUCUUUGCGGCGGGGGUACGGACGCAGCUGUCGUCACCUGGAGAACAUGCCGCCGAGCCCCUGUGGCAUUUCAGUGGACACGGGUCUUUUUUGCGAGCGCGCGUGCGCGCUUCUGACGGAACAGGCUCGGGUGUGCGCGACUGGGCUGGGAUCCCAGCAGUGACGUUGCGGCGAUUGUUGCUUUUCAUAUGUGCAUAUGUUUUUUUGCGGCCUGUGUACCGAAAAGUACACUAUGGUAUUUAAUUGAGGGCGCGCGGCAUGAACGCGUGUGUCGCCCAACACUGUCAUGUCAUGUGAUUUUUGGGGAGCCACGGCCCGGCACGCACGCGCGUGCGCUUGCUGCGCGGCUGGCUAGUACCGCGAGGGCGUGACGCGUGCCUGGGGUCCUUGUGUGUCCCUCUGUGAGGCUCUCGUUGGGAUUUACGACCCACAAUUUCAACAAGGACAUCUGCGUUGGGGUCCUGGGGUAUGUUGGGGGCUGUGGAAGCCCUCAACUACUUUCUGGCGGGCUAUUUGAUUACAUCUGCUCAAUCUCUGCGAUUCAGUGCUCCGCGAAAUUCACGGGCCGCGGCAAUGAAGGGGGGACGGGGGGGGGGGGGGGGCGUGCGGCAAGGCUGGAAGUGACAGGCAUGAGAGUGUGCGGGCGGUCGGUGCUUUUACUGUGCAGGUCGGGGCAUGAUAUGUACUGCUGGAUGUGGGGGUGGGGCAUGCUGGAAAGCACGUUGUCAAUAUAUUCAUUAACGGCGGACCCUGGUGUUCGCUCCGCAGGUGCUUUUUUGUGCAGGGACUGAUUAAUUGUUUUUUUCUGUUCUGGGGGCUUGGGCCCCCGCCUGGCCUUCUGUAAAGAUAGGGGGGCGAUUCGUACAAUAGUAGCCGUACAGGUUAUCAUAGCCUGAUUGUCUGGUGACAGACAGAGGGGGCAACGCGGGUGUUCAUAUUCUGCUAUCUGGGGAUCUUGAGUUUGGUACUGUGAGUAUUCACGUGGUUAUGCGGUUACUCAUGCAUUGCGUGGCGCGGCAGGUGACGAGCAGACGGUGGAGCAGGGGGGCAGGGGUUGGCAGCACACGGCAGCGGGCGCCGCGGCGCUGGGGCGGAGAGGGCGCGACAGCUGCACCCAGUGGUGGGCCACGGCGGGACCCUUGCUACAUACUCCCGACCUUGCUUUCCUAUGAUGCCGAGUGCGUUUUACUUUGCAUGUGUGUAUGGCGGCGUGUGCGUGGCCGCUGCUGCCGGCCCACCUGCUUUUCCUUAGACAACCUCUACUGGCAUGGUGCGCUUUUGAUUUCCUUCAAGCAUCUUCAAUAUAUGUGUUGUGCGCUUUGACAUCAUCUACUCACAGCACGGCUUGCCCUUAUUGUAUUGGUGUCGGGCGCUCAGGGCGCAGCAGGUGUGUUUGUGGGUGUAGGCGUGUGGAGUAUCGGCUGUCUGAGUAGUGGGUACAGCGCGCGGCAGUUGGUGUAUGAGGAGCCUGGAAGCAAGGCCGACUGUGUUGCAGGAUGUGCCACGGUGCCGUGGGUGGGAUUCAUGCCCGACGGUCAUUUCCAUUCACGUGCCUCCCAUAUGUUGUUGCGGUGGGCCCAGAGUGAAAGGGGAGCGACAUGGCGUGUUUCAGGGGCCCAGCGUGGGGCCCACACGGUAUGAGGUGGUGGCAGUGUCUGCUGUGUAAUUGCACAAGCGCCGCAUGCGCGUGAUAAUUCUUCAAUCAAACGAUGGGUAGUGUGAUGGCGACAGGCGGCAGGCGGCGCGGACAGGCGCGGACCUCGCGAACUCUUACCCUUGAGGCUGCUAGCUACGAUGCGGCAGAGGGCGGUGUCAAUUACCGUGGCGGUGUCAAUUAUUGUACCCGUGUUCUCGGUGAGUGCUACCGGUACAGUACGUUAUACUCAUGUUUCACUGACCACAUACGCACAAGCAUGUGCCUGCCAUCCUUCGCCCUCUGUUCAUGGUGUGUUCUUUGUGGCAUUCGUGACUCGCAUUGGUGGUACAGCCGGUGAAGACGCGAUGGUGUAGCGUUGUAAUUGGAGUGCAGAGAGAUGUAGUAGCUUGGUAUGCAUUCGUUAGCCUUACGGCAGGCGAGACAAACUAGCGGUGCGCUCACGUGUUUUCACGUCCUUGGCUGCGCAUGUUGACAUCUAAAUUAUAGGCUCUGUAAGGCUGCAAGCAUUGUCUUACUCCAUGACAUGCUGCUGGCUGGGUGGGGGCCUGCACUCAUGCUGAACUCAUGCACACUCAUGCACUCAUGCAGUUCCGUGCACGCAGCACGCUGCAGUCAAUGUGAAUGAUACAAACGUUCAACGUG